AGUUGUAAAAACUCCCAGGCAGCACUGUAGGUGGAUAGUUUGUAAGCCUGCGUAUAGAAAAAUAAAACUUUAAAUAAAAAUAAAAAAAAAACUUCAAAUUGACACCCACAUAACUCGACUGGAAUAAUCGUUUAGAUUCAUACUGCAGCAGAAGAUUUUGUACGAAAAGGAAUUAACCAUCAAGUAAGCAUCGAGUAAUAUUAUUUUGCUAGUAUCAAAGGACCUGCUGUGAAUUCCUAUCUAUAAUCAGCUAGCUAACGUUGACUAUAAAUACUUAAGAACCAUACCCUGUGGAAGGACUGUCACUUACUUUCUCUGGUUGGCCCAAACUCAUUGACGCUGUCUUGGAGGUUUUUGCAACACUCUGGAAAUACCCACUUAACGUAAAAACAACCUGCCGCAAUCGUGACGCAGCUAUGCAGCUUGAAAUCCAAGUAGCACUCAAUUUCAUUAUUUCAUAUUUGUACAACAAACUUCCCAGACGGCGUGUGAACAUCUUUGGUGAAGAGCUUGAGAGGCAGCUGAAGAAGAAAUAUGAGGGCCACUGGUACACUGAUAAGCCAUACAAGGGCUCUGGGUAUAGGUGCAUCCAUGUAGGGGAGAAAGUGGACCCUGUGGUGGAGCAGGCAGCCAAGGAGAGUGGUCUGGACAUUGACGAUGUCCGGAAUAACCUCCCUCAGGAUCUUAGUGUAUGGAUCGACCCCUUCGAGGUGUCCUACCAAAUUGGGGAGAAGGGGUCAGUGAAGGUGCUAUAUGUGGACGAUAACAAUGAGAACAACGGGUCCGAGCUGGACAAGGAGAUCAAGAACAGCUUCAACCCAGAGGCCCAGGUCUUCAUGCCUAUCAGUGACCCAAUUGGGGCCUCUUCUGAGUCCAGCUCUCCCUCACCCCCCUUUGGGCAGUCUGCAGCUGUUAGCCCCUCCUUCAUGCCUCGCUCCACCCAGCCAAUAACCUUCACCACUGCCACCUUCGCCGCCACCAAGUUCGGAUCCACCAAGAUGAAGACCUCUGGCCGCAAUGGCAGUAAUGGUGGCGGUGGAGGAAAUGGCAGCAAGGUGGCCCGCACCUCCCCCACUAACAACCUGGGGCUGAAUGUAAACACCCUGCUAAAGCAGAAAGCCAUGUCCACCUCCAUGCACUCUCUGUAUGGCCUGGGCCAGCAACAGCAGAAGCCCUCUGCACUCUCUCCUAAUGCUAAGGAGUUUGUGUUUCCCAGCCUCCAGGGCCAGGGUAGCCCUGAGUUCCCCGACGAGGGCUCACUCAGCCUCAGCCCACUACAGUACAACAAUGCCUUUGACGUGUUUGCGGCCUAUGGAGGUCUCAAUGACAAGUCCCUCAUGGAUGGGCUGAACUUCAGCCUCAGCAACAUGCAGUAUUCGAACCAGCAAUUUCAGCCGGUCAUGGCUAACUAAUCCUGACACGACAACAUUAAAAUAUAUUAUUUAUGAAUGACAACAGUGGCUUGAAGAGAAGGAAAAACACGCACAUUAGAAACUGGACUUUCAGCGAAAUAACAAGGAUUCUUUGAGGAGCUCUAUCUAAUCAGUAAAGCAGCAUGUGCCCAAGGGUGAUUUUUCUCUGCCCCCUUGAGUUUGGUUUUUACUUAAAGCUUGUUGUACAAACACUACCAAGCUUGGUUACUUCAAUUCAACAUGCAGUGUUGUUUCUCGUCCUUUUUGCCAACCAAGCACAAUUUAUUUUCUUAUUUUUUUCUUUUUCUUUUUUCUUUUUUUUUUUUUUUUUUUUACUAUGUUGAAAAAAAUAAAAUAUUCAAACAUGGAUGAAACAAUACAGGCUUCAAGUUCUGACCUCUUACAGUAUUUUACCGGUGGUAAGAAAUGGCAGAUUUUUAUGAAUUGGCACUACUAAAUGGGGUUAUGUGGUCUUUUUCUAAUUGUAUAAUUUAAUUUAGUACAGAGUUUGUAAGAUAUCAGAGUAUAUAUUGUUUCUAUGACAUGGUAUUGCAUUUAUAUCUUUUUACUACUCCAGUGAUCUGUGAUGGCUGCAGCAGCUUUUCGUUAUGUUUGUUUUUUUAAAGAUAAAGAAUUGUUUGAGAAGUCCUUCUUUAAAAUCCAUCAAAUAUUCAAAGAUUGUGUACAGACUAUUCCUUAGUGGUGGAAUUGAAAAUGUACAACAAGAGUUGUAUUUUCUGUUAAGAGUCUAAAGAUUUUGCUAUAUAAUGGACAAAUGUAAUCGUAUAAAUAUUAAUUUUGUACCUACAUUGUGCAAUACUUGAUAAAAAAUAUGGUAUAACAAAGUAUUUUGAGUCAGUGUCUUACAUGUCAAGAGGGACUGAAAUAGUUUAUAUUGUUAAGUUUGUAUUAAAAAUGCUUAAAAUGA